CAAUUAUUCGCCUUUUAAAUAACUAACUUAAUGACUUCCAAGUUCCAAGUCCCACAAUAUUGCAACCUGGAGUAGCAUCAUCAUCUUUAAAUUCUCCGAUCGGCACGUAGGCAAUCGCACCGACGGACGGACCUAGCUGACCCAAUAGCAGCUCGCCGCGUCUCAAGUUCCGGCGAUACGAUGGCCCUCGCGGACCACCACAGGUCGCAGACCGACGUUAAGCUUUUCAGACUCUGCCCGUUUUGGCAAUCGGGAAAUACGUCGUCGUCUUCCUCCUCUACGCAGAACCUUACGCAUAGUAACCACGGGAGCCUAAGCAACCGACACGUAGCGAUGCCCAAUUCGAAGCCGUCCUCCAAAACUGUGUCGUCUGUGGCCCGAUCGCUGCUCCCUCCUCGGCGUAGGCUCCGGCUCGACCCCACGAACAACCUCUACUUCCCAAAUGAGCCUGGUAAACAGGUUAAGAGCGCGAUCAGGUUGAAGAACACAAGCAGGUCUCAUGUUGCUUUCAAGUUUCAAACUACAGCACCAAAGAGCUGUUAUAUGCGCCCUCCUGGUGGUAUCCUUGCUCCCGGAGAAAGUAUUAUUGCAACUGUGUUCAAGUUUGUGGAGCAUACUGAGAACAAUGAAAAACAAUUGGACCAGAAGAGUAAGAUUAAGUUCAAGAUCAUGAGUCUGAAGGUGAAAGCAGGAAUGGAGUAUGUACCUGAGCUGUUUGAUGAACAAAAGGAUCAAGCAACGGUUGAGCGAAUUUUGCGGGUUGUCUUUUUAGACAUGGAGCGUCCUAGUCCUGCUUUGGAUAAACUGAAGCGUCAACUAGCCGAAGCUGAGGCUGCACUGGAAACACGCAAGAAACCUCCUGUAGAUACAGGACCUAGGGUUGUGGGAGAAGGGCUUGUAAUAGAUGAAUGGAAAGAGCGGAGGGAGAAAUAUUUGGCUCGACAACAGGUUGAAGCAAUAGAGUCGGCAUAGCGUGCGAUUUUUCUCCUGGUGUGACUACUUUUGCCAGGAGAAUGAAUAUCAAUUCACCCAUCACUCAUUAGGUAGUAAUCUGUUGUGGGAAGAUGCGGAGUAGUUGGCAAGUCCAGUGCUUUAUGUAGAGAGAAACAACACAUUAUGUCAUGACCAACCUCCAGAUGAGCAGUAUGAGGGUAAAGAUUCCUGAUUUUGGACUUGGCCUUCUACUCGUAGGUAUUGGAUUUUGCUUUGUAUGAAGAAUAAGUGCAUGUAAAUCUUUGUGGCUAGGCUGCCCAAUUUAUGUCAGGCUUUUAGUCUUUGUUUCUUGUAGUCUACAUUGUUAUUGAUAAACUAGAAUUUGGUAUCUUAUGCAUUUUGUUGGAUA